ACUGCACACGUUGUACUACAACCCUAGCAGUCAGCUCUGCUUUCCCCAACGCGUUCUCAACCCUACUCCAUCCCACUUCGUUGUCAUCUCUGAUGAAUCUUUUCUCUCCUGCUGCAGGCUGCGUGUGCGCGGAGGAAAGGAAUCUUUAUGGAGCCAAAAUUUCGCAGAGAUAGGAAUGGAAUCCUUACGAAGCCAAAAUUUCGCAGAGAGGAGGAUAUCUGUUUGAGGAAAAAAAGGACGGGGUCUCCCUUCCUGCAACAGAGUACGGAUGAAGUCCAACAUAUGAUUAGUGAAACCGCGUGAUGAUGUUACCGUUUGAUGUGACGUACCUUAGUUUGUACGCGAGAUUCAACAAGAUGAAGGGGCCGGUGGGCAAGGCGUCACUUAUUUGCGGAGGAAAGGAAACCCAUGAUGCCAAAAUUUUGCAGAUAGGAGAUGGAGGAGAUUCAGUUCAUUGUGUGCAAAAAAGACGACUGAUCUCCCCCUGCAAAUGUGUACGGAGGAAGCCUAUGAUUGGUAUUACAACUCGUAUUGAUGAGCACUACACCAUGGUACAGAGGCAGUGUUUUUCGAGAUCCCGGCGAGCGUGGAUUCAGCACAAGGCCCAAUCUUUCUUUGGAACAGUUGAGUGUUGGCCCUGGGGACACUGCGGACUUACUGCGGAAAGUACUUCCAGGCAUUCGUGAUGCAAGUAAGACCUUUGCUAUCCCUGCGUUGAAGCAAGUGUUUGAGGACAGCAUUCGUCCACUACUUGUUUCAAAGUGUUUACUCAUUCACCAGCCUCUUGAUAAAUCCAUGAAAACUUUCAACCAAAGAACAAAUAACCUGUUGAAGAAGUCUCCACGCUACCUCAGUGCCCUAGAUGUGACCACAGAAAAGGAAAUCCUGCUGGAAGAUGAAUGGACUUUGUUCCUUGAGCACAUCUUUAAACAUAGGGUCAUUGUUGUAGAUGAUUGGACAAAGUGCUACGGGACCGUUCAGACCUUCCUCCACUCGAGUGAUGCUGAAUCAUGCAGUGAUUCUUUCAAGGGGGAGUGUGAUGCUUCAUUCUGUGAGCAAACUGGAAAGGCAAAACUUGCCUUUGUCAUCUUUAAAGAGGGUAAACUUGUCUGGGCUGAGGUUUUCCAUGAGGUACCUUGCAAGAGUGUUGUGGAGGCAGAGGCUUUGGCAGUCAUAGCUCUCCUCUUCAAGCUUAUUGACCUUAACUUGUUAAGAGGGACUGUUUGGACCGACAACAAGGUCUGUUAUAAUGUGCUGAAUGGUGAAUAUGAGAUAAAGGUUGAUGAUCCCAACAGGUCGCUGUUUCUGUUUCUGAGGAGUUUGAGAGGUCGCUUUGAGUCCUUGACCCCGGUCUGGAAACCCAGAGAACUACUGCUGAUCCCAGAUCGUCUGGUUAGUAUGGUUGAUGACCCCCUGAUAUCAAGGAAUAGAUUGGUACUCAGUAUACUGGAAAAAACAGUUCCAAUUCUUAGUCAGCCGCAGUUCAGGAUAUCAUGGAGCAGCUAUCUGCGAACAAUUUUUGACAAACGUGAUGGUGGAAAACAAAUUUCUAACACAACAAAUGAAAUUAAGGAAUCAGAUGAAUCCGAGGAUUCAAUCUGUUGGGUUAAGGCUGAUGAUGAAGAAGCUGAAAUUGCUUCCUUUCUUGAAAUUAUGAAAACUUUUUCAGCCCAUCGCUUGCUUAUUGUGGUUGACAACUUUGAAGACAAAUCUCCUCAUUAUCAAAAGUUAAUUAAGGAUCUCUCUCAAAAGUUUUACACGUGUUGGAUGAGUAAAGAAGGCAGUGUCACAAUUGUGGAGUAUGACUCUCCUAACACUGAAGAGAAAGAGACCAAAAGAUUGGUGGUUAUGUUUGGUGGGACAAUGGCACUGGAUGAAUAUAUCCACCAAAAAAAUCUCUGUACAGUUGUUUUGGUGAAGACAUCUGAGAUUAAGCUGCUAAGAGAUGCUGGAAUCGAAGAAAUAAGUGCUAAGACACUUCUGAGUUUUCGCAACAUCAAAGCAAAACCAGUUGUGCCAAAGAAACCUCGGGAGGAUGAGGAUCUAGAGAAGGGGGGGGGGGGGGGGGGGGGGAGGGCAGGUGGUGAAUAGGAUGAGGAGAGGGCAGGUGUGAAGAUAAGGUGGACAACUCACUGAACUUCAGUCUUUUGCAUGAUUCCUUGCGACGGCAGAUUCCUUCGGUCUUUUACAUGUUUGAUACUUUGAUGCAUCGUUGAGACAGUUUUUUUUGUACCUGAAUCAUGAUGUUCAUGUCACAACCGUACGUGAUGCUCAAGUAAUCUUAUCUGACAAUGUAGCUUAGCUAACUAAAACAUAUGAAGAUAAAGGUGGACAACUCACUGAACUUCAGUCUUUUGCAUGAUUCCUUGCGACGGCAGAUUCCUUCAGUCUUUUACAUGUUUGAUACUUGAUGCAUCGUUGAGACA